AGCACAGCUUUGGAGUGUGGAGAACGGUGUAGACAAAAGCUCUAUAAAAGUUUUCUCUGAUCAAGUAUCAAGACACGUUAGAAUUCAAAGGGUGACAGCAGACUGCACCAAGCAAUUUCAAAUCCAUUACAGACAGCAACAUGUAUCAUCACCACCGUCAAGGAAAGAGCAUGCACCCUUCCACAAAUAUGUUGAUGCCACCUGAAAGGCAUUUGUUCAUGCAAGGUGAGAAUGGCCAUGGUGAUUCAGGACUAGUCCUUUCAACUGAUGCCAAGCCAAGAUUGAAGUGGACACAAGACCUCCAUGAGCGGUUUGUAGAAGCAGUUAACCAGCUUGGUGGAGCAGACAAAGCUACUCCAAAGUCAGUUUUGAAGCAAAUGGGAAUUCAAGGAUUAACCUUAUACCACUUAAAGAGUCACCUUCAGAAAUACAGACUUAGUAAGAAUCUCCAUGGACAUGCAAAUAGCAGUUCCAAUAAAGCAAUGAGUUCAGGAAUGGAUGCAGCAACCGGAUCAGACAAGAUACCUGAGGCAAAUGGUAAUCAUAUAAACAGUGCAAACAUCGGACCCCUAGCAAAUACAAACCUACCCAUAAGCGAAGCUAUACAAAUACAAAUUGAAGUUCAGAGAAGGCUACAUGAGCAGCUUGAGGUACAGCGACAUUUACAGCUUAGGAUAGAGGCCCAAGGAAAAUACUUACAGGCAGUGCUUGAGAAAGCACAAGAGACUCUUGGAAGACAGGACUUGGGAAAAAUGGGACUGGAGGCAGCCAAGGCUCAGCUAUCAGAAUUAGUAUCCAAAGUAUCCAACCAAUGUCUAAACUCAGCGUUUUCAGGGAUAAAAGAACUUCCAGGCUUCUGUCAGCAACAAGCACAAGCAACACAGCCAACAGAUUGUUCAUUGGACAGCUGCUUGACGUCCAGUGAAGGUUCUUUGAGGGACCAUGAGAUGCGUAAUAGCCAGAUGGGCUUGAGAUCUUUGAACUUUGGAGCACAUAUGGAGUCAACAGAUCUCUACAAUGAGACCAGGCUAAAACAGACUGAAUUCAGAUGGUGUGACGACAUUUGGGAAAACAGGAAGUACCUGUCCAAAAUGGAUGAAGAAACAAAGAAUAAUGGCUUAUCGGUGAGCACUGGACUUCAAGGAGGAAAAUGGAAUGGCAACAGCAAUUAUUCAGACAGAAGAUUUACUGGAACAGAUGCAGACGUCAAACUAUUUGCUCAGGCUGUUGAUAGAAGUGAUACAUCUAAACCAGAGAAGCAGAAGACAUCACAAGAAUAUAAACUGCCUUAUUUUGGCCCAAAAUUGGACCUAAACACAGAUGACAAAACAGAUGUUGCUUCGAGCUGCAAGCAACUUGACUUAAAUGGAUUCAGUUGGAACUGAGCAACCUUGUGCCUACAAAGUAUCGGAAGGAGUUGAGUUAGCAUAUCCCAGGUACUUCAAUUUGGGAUUUCCUGUCUCAGAAAAGCUUGAUUUGGUAAAUCAAGCCUACUCUUCUCAACUGAGAGGAAGACAAUAAUGUAUAACAGAAGCCCUUAUGCUCUAGAGUAUAGCCAUUAACACUAUUAGAUUGGUGGUGUAAAUUUAUAGUCAAUAAUUAAUUUUAGUUAAAAAGUUGUUCAUGAUGAAAA